AUGCGCUCUUUUGCUGUCCUUGCUACCCUCGUCAUCUCUUUGUCCCAGAUCCCCGCUGAUGUGACUGCCGCAACCUCACACCCGGCUCCACCCAAGGCGGACUACUCCGCUGGCUCACCGCCGCCUGAUGCAGGUGCUGGCCAAUCUGGCGCCCCACCGGGUGCAUCUCCUGAUGCGUCAUCCCCUGCUGCAGGUGCACCCACCCCAGGUGGCGGCGGUGAGGCUGCGGGUGCGACUCCUCCUCCAGGUGGUGCAGGUUCCCCUCCACCUCCGCCCCCACCGCCGGGUGCUCCGUCUCCUGAUGCGGGAGCUGGUGGUUCCACACCUCCACCCCCGCCGUCCGGUGCUCCAAGCCCUGAUGCAGGUGCAGGUGGUGCCUCUCCCACCCCUGCACCGUCGGGUGCCUCAUCACCUGAUGCCGGCGCUGGUGGCCCGUCGCCAUCUGGUACUGCGGUCAGUGCAACCGGCAAACCUGGAGCCGCUGGCCCUCAAGCUCCGGUUCCCGGCGACAUGUCAAGUGGACAAUGCAUGUGUCCUCCGCCUCCUUCCUGUGCAGCCGGCGGUGCCGGCGCCUCACCCACACCUGGUGGAGCAUCCUCGCCCUCACCUUCGGGUUCCGCGUCUGACCCCACGAGCCAAUCUCCUGACCCUGCUCAGGCUGGUACACCUCCUGUCAACGGCACUACUCCAGGAGAUCAGCCCGGCGCCGCUGCUUUCACCUCUGCGCAAGGUACCGUGCUCACCAGCUUAUUAGCGAUGUCUUUGGCCGCUAUUGCCUUGUAG